UAUAUAUUUUUGGAAGGAAGUUAUAAAUGUAAAUUAAAAAACGGUACAUAUCAUAUCAUAUCCUAUCUCCAUGCAACAAAUCUCCGUGAAUAUGGUUCAAUCAUCCAAACCAAACACAAAGAUCAAAACAAUCUUCAAGCCAAAUCCUUUUUUUAUCCGCCGAACACCUCUUCUCCAAUACACCCCAUCCGAUGGCUUCCUCAAACUCCUCGAACAAUAGCGACCUUGUUCACUUCGUGUUGUUCCCUUUAAUGGCAGCAGGCCACACCAUUCCCAUGGUAGACAUCGCCAAGCUCUUAUCCCAAGCCGCUCCCUUUGUUCAUGUCACCAUUUUGACCACUCCCCACAACGCCACUCGCCUCGACAAUUCCCUACUAUCUCAUCCCCGAAUCCAUCUCACCCUCCUCCAACUAAGUCACGCCUACCAGCACAUGGACCACCUUCCCUCCUUCAACCACUCCCUCUCUUUCUUGUCCUCUCUGGCUCAUGACCUCCAACCCCAAGCCCUCGCCCUCUGCAAAGCCCUCUCCCCACAACCCACCUGCAUUAUCUCAGACAUCUGCCUCCCAUGGACCCUCCACAUAGCUUCCCAGAUUGGGGUCCCUUGGCUGUCCUUCAACGGAGGCUCCUGUUUUGGGAAUGUUGCCAUGUCCAAGAUUCUGGGGUCGGGGAUUUGCGAGACGGUCGGGUCCGAUGGGGAGUAUUUUGAAGUCCCCGGGUUGGAGCAUAGAAUAGAGGUCAGCAAGGCUCAGUUGCCCGUUGGAUUUAGGAGUGAUGGGAUGAUGAAAUUCAUUAAGCUGAUUGGAGAGGCUGAGAGGAAGGCUUAUGGGAUGGUCGUGAAUAGCUUUGAGGAACUUGAGGGUUGUUAUGUACGUGAGUUGAAGAAAAUGAGAGGGGAUAGAGUUUGGUGUAUUGGGCCUGUUUCUUUGUGCAAUAAACGCUAUGAGGACAAAGCUCAAAGAGGUAGCGUUACUUCAAAGGACAGCAGCAAUGAUCAAGUGAUGAUAUGGCUAGACUCACAACUUCCAAACUCAGUGCUGUAUGUUUGCCUUGGAAGCCUACACAACUUAAAAACCCCACAACUAAUAGAGCUAGGGUUGGGGUUAGAAGCAUCAAAGAAGGCAUUCGUAUGGGUGGUGAGGGCCUCAAACAAGCUGGAAAAAUGGAUUGAAGAAGAGGGUUUUGAAGAGAGAAUGAAAGGAAGAGGGGUUAUCAUAAGAGAUUGGGCUCCUCAGCUAUUGAUAUUAUCACACCCUGCCAUUGGGGGAUUCCUCACUCAUUGUGGUUGGAACUCAAUCCUUGAGGGCGUAGCUGCUGGCUUGCCAAUGCUCACUUGGCCUCUAUUCUCAGACCAAUUUCUGAACGAGAAAUUCGUGGCUGAUGUUUUGAAUAUAGGUGUGAAAGUUGGCGCUCAAUAUCCAGUGAUGAAAAUGAAAGAGGAAGGCGAAGAAGAAGAGGAGGAGGAGGGGGUGGUAGAGGUGAGGAAAGAAGACGUGAAGGAAGGCAUUGAAAGGGUAAUGGGGGAAGGAGAAGAAGCUGAGGAAAGAAGGAAGAGAGCAAGAGAAGUUGGGGUUAUGGCUAAUAAGGCUUUGGAAGAUGGCUGCUCUUCUCAGCUAAACAUUGCAUUAUUCAUUGAUGAUAUACUGAAACCAAACGACAUUUCAACCUAAUUUAUUCCAUUCUCAUCUUCUAAUUCCCUUUGGAAGCCUUAGUUUUUAAUGCCUUAUUUGAUGCUUUGGACUUGUAGUUCACCAUUUUGG